AUGGCAUCAAGCAAGAAAGUUUUUGAAUUCAAAGAUGACCUCAAUGGUAGCGGAAAAGUGUUAUUUUCAUGGAGCUAAGAUUGUAGUUAUAUCGCAGUUUGUGGAUAAUCGAAGGUGGUUUAUGUGCUUGAUAAGAGAGGUAGAAAACUUAAAGAAACUGUUUUAAAAUCUAAGAAUAAAGUUAUAGGUUUAGAAUGGGAUAAAGACUAGGAAUUUUUGGCAAUAUUAUAGGAAAACUCUACAUGCUUUUUGCUGUGGAAUGUAUUCUAAAACAGCUUUGAAUAGUAGGAUUUAGAAGAAAAAUCAAAAGGAAGUUUUAUUAAAUGGUCUAAAACUCAUCCAGUUCUUGUGAUUGGAACUGAAAAAGGCAUUCUUUAUUUUUAUAAUAAAAAAACUCAAAAGAAAAUUCCUACUAUGGGUAAGCACUCAAAGAAAAUCACUACAGGAGAUUGGAACGAUGAAGGAUUGUUAAUUACUGGUAGUGAAGAAAAAGUAUUAACUGUUAGUAGCCAUAACAGCGAUUCUAAAGGAGAAUCUAUUACAGUUUAGCAUGAACCCAGUAAUCUUUAAUGGGCACGUUAAAAGACAGACGAUCGUGAUAGUUCUUAAAGAACCAUUACUGCUAUAUUAAGCAACAAAAGUAUACUUAUGUAUGAUCUAAACACUAAGAAAUAGCCAUUAGAACUUGUUUAUGAACCAAAAUAUGGAAAAAUUGUUGAUUAUUAACUUUUUGGAGAUGGAUAUAUAGUUACUGGUUUUACUGAAGGAUAUGUUGCACAUGUCUCUUCUCAUUUAUAUGAAUUAAGGGAUGAAAUUUAGUCUAAGAGAAUAUUUUAAAGUUCCCUUGAUGCUCUUUGUACAAAUGAUAUCAUUUAUAAAUUGGCAGUUGCUGGAGAAAAUUAAAUUCACAUCUACAAUCUUGGAACUUGGGAAGAAGUUAAAUCUUAAAGAAUAGAGCUUCCUAAAGCAGCAGGUAAUGUAACUAAAAUGUAAUGGGCUAAUAAUGGGUAAUUGCUUGUUGUUGCUACAGCCAAUGGACAUUUGUAUGGUUAUUUAACUAGUAUUCCAUUCUUAACUAGCACCUAUGGAUCAAUCGUUUCAGUCUUAUCAUCCUUUACUGAAGUUUCUAUUGUUGAUACAAGUAGAAUCAAUCAAAUACAAAAUGUAUCAUCUAUUAAUUUAGAAACUGAACCAGGAUUUUUAUCAUUAGGUUUAUAUCACUUGGCAGCAGGUAUCAAUAACAAUGUAUGGUACUAUUUAUGGCUAGACCAAAAAAGAAAUGGUAUAAUUAAAGGAGGAGAAAUGAUACAAAAGAGAGAUUAUUUAGGAAGUGUUAAAGACAUCAGACUAAAUGAAUUUUGGGCAGCAGUGUUAACUGAUGGCAAGUGCAUUCUUCAUACAAUUCAACCAAAUAACAAUGUCAAAGAUUAGAAAUUCCCUCAAAUCGAAACAGAUAAAGCUAUAUCAGGAAUUGGUUUAACAAACGACUUCUUGAUUAUGCUAGACUCAUCUGGUAAGAUUAGAUAUUAUCAUUUAGAAGAUCAACAAUUUGUUGUUGAGUACAAACCUGCUGAUUGCUAAUUGGUUAAGAUUUAUCCCAACUUUUCAGGUACAAGAGUUGUUUGCUUUGACAAUAAAGGUUCUGCUUAUUUAUUUGAACCAGCACAAGAGCAAUUUUAUCCUUUAGAGCAUUUCCCUUAGAGAGCUGAAAAAGUUCUAUGGGACUAAAAAGACCCUAACUUAUUUGCUGUCUUGCAAAAUGACACUUUAAUUACAUUCAUAAUUAAUAAAAAUAAUAUAAAUGGUACUCUUAUUUAACCUGUUAAAGAACUACUUGCUAUUGAAGACAUAAAAAAUCCUGGACCUCCUGUUUAAACAAUCUUAGACAGAGGAGUCAAACCAUUAACAUUAUCAAAUGGACUUCUUAAGUGCUUCACACCAAGUGGUAGUAUAAACGGCUAGAAUUUAACUUCCCAUAGUUACUUAGGGAGUUACAAAGGUAGAGAUGACACUGAUUAAGGGCACUACAGAUUCUUCCUGUAAAAUCUUCAAUUGCACAAGUACAAUAAUUGUUUGAUUGCUGCACAAUUUCUCCAUAAUGCAGUACUUUACAAAGAGCUUGGACGCAAGGCAUUAGAAUUUGUUGAUCUUGAUGUUGCCUUGAAAUCUUAUCAACUUGCUGGAAGUUUAUCUAUGGUUAUGACAAUAUAAAGCUUUUAGCAUAUUAAUGAAAAAAAUAUAAUAUAUGGAAACAUUGCUAUGAUUUUAGGUCAGUAUGACUUGGCUUAAGAGUUAUUCUUAAAAUCAUCCUAGCCUAUUUUGGCUCUUGAAAUGAGAAGUGAUAUACAAGAUUACUUGACAGCUCUUAAUCUUGCGAAAAGCAUAGCACCUUAAGAAGAGCCAUUUAUUUGCAGAAGAUUAGCUUUCUAAAUAGAGAAUUAAGGAAAUAACUAAGAAGCCAGAAAAUUAUAUGAAAGAGCUGUUUUAAACAAAGACGAUCGUCCUUCAGAUAGAAGCAAAAUCGAUAAUCAUAAUUAACUUUGCUUUGCAGGUAUUUCUCGUACUUCUAUUAAACUUGGAGAUAUUCAAAGAGGUGUUACUAUAGCUAAAGAACUAAUUGACAAUAAUAUUGUUAUCGAAAUAGCAGUAGUUUGUGAGAAUAUGAAGUAGUAUCUUGAAGCUGCUGAACUUUACCAAAAGUCUGGAAUGCUUGAAAAAGCAGCAUCUUUAUAUAUUGAAUCAAAAGACUUUAAAAAAGCUGCUCCUUUAAUCAGCAUGAUAAAAUCCCCCAAUCUUCUUAAGCAAUAUGCAAAAGCUAAAGAAUCCGAAGGUGCAUAUAAUGAAGCAGAACAAACAUAUGAAUAAGCCGAAUCAUGGGAAGAUGUUGUUAGAUUAAAUCUGGAUAAAUUAGAUAACUUAAGAAAAGCAAUUGCCGUCUUAAGGACUAAAUGUGAUACAAGCACUGUUUGCUUAAUGGUUGCUAACGUAUGUGAAAAGUAAGGAAAUUAUGGUGAAUUAGUUGAAUUUUUACUCAAAGCUGGAAAAAAAGAAGAGGCCUUUUAAAAAGCUUAGUAAUAUAAUGUCAUGGAUGCCUAUUCUGAUAAUAUGAAAGAUUUCACUUUAGAAGAGCGUUUGCGUAUUGCCUAAUAUUAUGAAAAUUAAGGAAUUUGGGUUAAGGCUGCUAAGCAUUUCGAAUAAGCUAAAAAUCCUACUAAAUCUUUAAAGCUUUACUUAAAGGCUGGGGAUUAAUAUAUUGAUGAUAUGAUUGAUCUUGUUUGUAGAAAUAAGUAACAAGAAUCUCUUUAACAGACUCUUCUUGAUUAUUUGCUUGAAGGAGAAAAACCUAAAGAUCCUAUAUAUCUUCUUAAAUUGUAUGAUAAAUUGGGUAACAUUUAGUCUUUAGUCAAAAUAGCAAUUACUAUUGCUAGCGACGAACAUGAUUAAGGUAAUUACAAAAUAGCUCAUGAAAGACUCUUCGAAACUUAUCAAAAAGUAAAAGAACAUAAUGUUGCUAUUCCUUUCGACCUCGAGUAAAAAUUAAUGAUUAUUCACUCUUAUAUCUUGGCUAGAAAGUAUUUAGCUUACAAAGAAGAAGAUAAAGAAAUAGAACUUGCAGCUUGGUUACUUAACAGAGUUUGCAAAAAUAUAAGUUAAUUCCCCACUCACGCUGUCAAUAUUUUAACAUCUGCAGUAAUUGCAGCUAUGAAAAGCAAAAACAGACCACUAGCUUACAAGUGGUCAGUUGAAUUAGUUCGCCCUGAAUACCGUUCACACAUAAAUGAAAAAUACAAAACUAGAAUUGAAAACAUUGCUAGAAAGCCACUAAAAGAAGAGCCUGUGGAAAACAAAACUGAGUGUCCAUUCUGCAAAGAAUAUGUAGGCGAAUUUUAGUUAGUCUGUGAAUCUUGUUAAAACGUCAUACCCUUUUGUAUUGCUUCAGGAACACACGUUAUUGCUGACCAGCUUUGUUUCUGCCCAUCUUGCAGAUUCCCAGCAAAUAUUAAUUAUUUUAUAAAGUACGCUGAAUCAGAAGAGGGAAGAUGCCCUAUGUGUUCAGUUUAAAUUAAUUUAAAUGAAGUAAAAGUGGAAAAUCCAGAACAGGCUGCUUCUAUAUUAAAAUAACUUAGAGCAACAAGAUAAAGUUCUGAGUAAAAGAAAAAAUGA